GUUGUCCAGCAAGCAUUCAUACUCCUCAAGUUUAGCACUUUAAACAUGUCCAUCUAGAUAGGCAAGCCAGAAACAUAAACAGAUUCUCAUUUCCAAGCCAAACCCUUCAAUGCAGUUUUGAAUCCAAACUGUUCUAAGGAUACACAGCAUAAGGAGGGUAAAACUGGCAAGUAAACCACAUAACUCAAAGAACCCACGCUGCUAUAUUUUAGCCUUGCCGCAACACCACCACCCGUCAUUCGAUUCUCUUAGCUGUAAAAAGGCUUCAAAGGGUGCAAUGCUGAAGUAGUUUUGGAGGACACGAUACUUUGUUCACUUCAAUUCAUUUCUUCUCCCGACCAAACUAAUAAGCAACCCUUCCCCAAGAAGUUGUCCUGAUUGAAAGCCAAACCCGAUAAACUUCGCUAGAUAUAUCUAUUAUUAUUUGUUCACCAUUUAUCCUCUCCUCUUUCGUCAUUGUGCCACCGUCUCUGUUCUAUAUUCUCCCUUCCAUAAACGCUUCUUUAUCCUUUCGAAACAGCGAGUAGCCAGUUCUGCUCAUAUUUUGUUAGGAGAACCAUAGCGAAAUACAGCAUUACUACUACACUCCAAAAUGGUGCCGUGUAUUUGAGAGAUAAAGCCUCAGCUUUCCAGCAAACCAAGUGGAGCGCCUCAAACUAGAAAUACCCAAAACUUCCCACAUUAUUAGUUAGCCCAUUACUUCUAUCUUUACCUGAACUGAAAUUUCCACAAAUACAUAAGGGUGGUAAAUAAGGAAACCGCACUGAUAAGAAGCGCGGGUUCAACGAAACAAAACAAUCGCAAACGCAGCGGAUACAGCAUUUAAAUUCCCAACUUCCACAUUCUUUAUUUUCUAAAUUAUAUGUGUCGUGAAUUGGUAGCUUCUACUAUUAAACCAACUUUUAAGCAUUAUCACCGAUACAAAGGUCAACUUCGUAGUACCAAUUUACAGCCACAGCAACUAGUCACAGCUGACUAACAAACAACUUAUUGCGACCAGUUGUCAGAAAACAUCAUUGCCAGUCCGAACGAAAGUCUUCGAAACUUGGCUUCAAAGAUAGGCUAUUGGAGUUUUGUCUCAAGACACCUACUAAAAUUUUGUUGUCGCACGAAAAUUUGAGAUUAAUAUAGUCUUUACUUGGGAAGAAUGAACGAAACCCUAAUCGAGUCUUCACAUUUCGAUGUGGCCAAUAUGCAGUCACGCAUGAGUGGAUACAGUCCUACUGGAUCUACAACAGGUAAUCGAAGUCUCACUAAUCUUGAGGAGCCGACAACAGGCAAGAGCCAAGAAGAAACCUUCACCGCCGAAUUCAAGCUCACAGAUGAUGCCCAUCCUACUAAUACUAAUAAGAUGACGUCAUCACUAGCAGAUAAAGAACACGAAGAAAAUGAAGCUGAUGAAACUAGCAGCCAAGUAGAUCGAUUCGGAGACGAAAUGGAUACUGGCGAACUAGUUGAACAAUGGCUGAAACAACAACAAAACGAUGCUCUACUUUCAAUAGAACCAACUGAAAACGACACACCUCCAACUACUGAAGGCGACCACCCGUCAGAUACGGAUGAUUCCGAAAUCCAACCUCCGCCUUCAUCAGAAUCAGAGCACUAUACCAUCGUUCAACCAGCACCUGCUGAAAACGGAACCCCAACUGAAACGACUCCUAGUAAACGGACACCCCUGCCAAAGAAGACGGAACCGCAACCUGGUGUAUUCUAUUGCCCCUUGUGCAGUUUCUUCACCUACUCAAAGCAAGGAUUCAGCUUACAUCUCAAAAGACACAGCAAAGAGAGUGAGAUUGAAAUUGUCCAAUCAGCCAUGAUGGCUGCUUCUGGUCUAACUGAUUUAUCCUUCAAGAAAAACUAUGUGUGCAACAUCUGCGGGAAACAUCUAAGCUCCAAAUGCUCUCUAGCGAGACACGGCCUUGUACACAGCGGGUUAAAACCGUACAAAUGUUCCGUUUGUUCGGCCGCUUUCACAACAAGCGGUAACUUAUCUAGACACAUGAAAAUUCAUAGCACGGCUUUUCACGCUGCCGGAAUUCCAAUUAGCUCUGCAGCUAGUAAAGAGGCAGAAGAAAGCGACCAUUGCUGUUCGCUUUGCGGAAUGAUGUUCAAAAACAGCAAAGGACUCCGCAUGCAUAACUUUAUGAUUCACCGCACUCGGAAAACGGAAGAAUCUCCCGAGAUGGUAACGGAAGAAACUGCAAUGGACAUUAAGAGCGAAGAGGACAACGAUAAUGAAAUCUCACGAUUGAUAUCACGAGCAACUGCCGCCGCCGAGUUGAACGUUAAGGUUGAGAUUCCAAUUGAAAAAGAAAAGCCCCAAGAACAACCACAAAACACAGUCUGGUCGAUUGCUAAACUUGAAAACAGCGAGAUCCAAAUUCAGCAGGAGCUCAAAACUAAUCAGAAAGAGGAAAAUCAUCCAACUCUACCCCCAAAAACCACAGCACCCCCAAAGAAACCGAAAACUCACAGCCGCAAACUUUCGAAAGUUAAUUACGAGUUCCAAAAUCAGCAAAAAGUAUCGCCUAGUUCCUACGCUAGUGCUGAAAGUAUUGUUCGAAGCACCGUCAAACAGUUCAUGCAACCUCAAGUAAUAAAACAAGAACCGGCGAGACAACCAGAGCCUGCUAGACCUCAGAUGACGCAUCAUCCAGGAUUACUCGCAGUAAGACACCAACAACCCAGGAGUGUCAAUUUCACCCACAUGCACGGAGCUCCCAGAGUCUUGGCUUCUAACACACCAAAUGGCACAAUAUGGCACCCUUAUAUGCCAGUAUUCCAGCCCCAGUCGAAUUGGAGCAACUACAUGAUCGCCUUACAAAAUGUACCCCGAACUACCAACCCUACUCAAUACCACGCAAUGCAGAUUCAGCGAGAAAAUAUACGAAUGAAAAACGAUCCAGAAACUCAACAAGAACCACUGGAUUUGUCUGUAUCUGGUCAACAAGAGCAAGAACAACAGGCGAAGCAUGAGGAAGAAAUAGACCAUCCAGCAGAUCUUUCCGACCAGCCUUUGGAUCUUUCUUUGAGCUCUUCCUAUGGAUCCGGACAGACAAACCGAUCCCUCGCUCAGCAAAGCAACACCUGGGUUUCUGGUUUUCAGUGGCUGAAAAGCAUAGCUGAAAUGAGCAAACAGAAAGACAAUGAAAAGAAAUUCAAUUGCAAUGAUUGUCAGUUAUCGUUCGAAACAGUUGACAAUUUGAACAUGCACUUACAGUCACAUAGACCGCCUUCAAAGCGACCUAAACUAUCUUCAAAUGAGUUCAAUGACCGAAAACCUCAGCUAGAUCCCCAAUAUUACCCAGUCACGAAUCGGAGGUCAAUUGAGGGUCACCAGUUCCCUUUCAUUCCUGCCGUUCCAAAUGUUAAUUUAUUUGCGCAAAGCAACUGCGGAAUAAUCGCUCCGAAUGGCCACCCAACUAUUGGUAUAAAUAUACCACCCACUAUAAGCCCAGUCGCCUUUAACAAAGACGGCGAUGGGAAAUUCCAGUGCAAUAUAUGCCCAAAACGAUUCAGUGUCGCGGCUUCACUCAGUCGUCAUAUAAAGUACCACAACUUACAUCGACCCUAUGUAUGCAAAUACUGCGACGCAAGCUUCACAUAUCGCUACAAUUGUUCACGGCAUAUGAUUAAAUUUCACAACUUGGAGAGACACUUUCCCUGUUUGUUUUGCACAUUUCAAGCUGAUGCAGCUUCUCAGUUGGAUGAACAUGUGCAAAUCGCACACCCUAAUGUCAAGAAGAUUGACGAGCCUCAAGAUGUUCCUAUGGACUAGUAAUUUAUUGAUUUUCAUUAAUCAUUAAUUUUGUUAUUAAUGGCUUUCUACUUUGCUAAAAAUUGAUUUAUUUA